AUUACCACCUGAUGAGAAUCUAGCUACAGCACAUGAAUUUCUUGAAUUUAUAACAUAUGGAGAGAUUAUAGUAAUGAACAAAUAAGAAACAAUCCUCAUUUUACCCACCGACCUUUCCUCUCAUAAAAGUAACUACCGACCCAUGGCCACAAUGGCAGCUCAACAACCACCAAUAGUCCCCGGUGGCAGCAGCAAGAGUAAUAAUGGUAGGGAAACGGAACACCGAAGCUUACCGAUGCCUUCACGCAACCCCUUACCACUUUCGGCAAGUCAGGAAGCGCAAGUUCGAGAAGUGUUCAACGAGCGGGUGAGGAAGCAAUGUGCGGACGAAAUUAAAGCCUUUGCAGACUGCGCCCGCAACCGAACCCUUACUAUACCCUUCGCCUGCCGCGAAUCUUCACGCCGCAUGAACGGAUGUAUGCUAGCAUAUGCCACGCCCGAGGAACACGAUCGCGCGAGGGAACAAUGGUUUGCGCAACGACAGCAGCGCGCACGGGAACGCGAACAAAAGGAACGGAGAAAACUUGAACAAGAAGCGUUUCAUCGCGAGUGGUGGGGUCUACCGCCUCGCGACCCGGAUGAAGUCAAGAAGGAACUAGAGAAGUUGGGGCGCGCAGAGAGAUUUGGUGGGUUAACGAGGAGGCCCGGAGAGGAGGGUAACACAAGAGGAAAAGAUGCGGAGACGGAGAGGCGGUAAAGCAACGAAUCGCCGGAGGGAAGAACAGGUUAUUUGUGUAUAGGUACGUGAUGUAUAUGCAUAUUCGGCGUUCAUAGGCAGGCAAGCUAUCGUAGGCAAUUUGGGAUUUGGGUCUGAUACACUGCUCUACAUCGUUUAUACUUGAUUAAAAGGGGGGGAUGGUAGCGCCAUUAGGACAUACGAAGUGAGAUCUAUGAAGAAAUUUAAGAAUCCGAUCGGGUUCGUAGCAUAUUGA